AUGGCAAGGAUUGGAUACGAGAUCAAUUGGAAGGCAACAGAAAGGAAAGCUCCAUACGGUGACAACACAAGGAAGCGGAAGAUUAGCGAGGCCAUUGACGUGCUUGGGCAUACAGAUCUAAUGAACUGGAGAUUGGAGGAAUGUAGAGUUAGCGAUAACUUUGCCAACUGCCUCAGCAAACUUGGGGAAGACAAGAAUAGAGCAUGGCAAUCAGAGCUUAGACGCUCUGCUCAGUGA